AUGGCUGCCGUGGCAGACAAGCCAGAGGCUUUCAACCAUGAUCAUGUUGAGAAGCACGAUGACUCUGGCUCACAGCUCGAGACUGGCAUCCCCGCCGAGGAAGAGGGCAAGAUCACCCUCAAGACAAAGCUGGCCGUCCUGUCCCUGAUCCUCAUGUACGAAAGCUACCUCUUCACCCUCAUCAUGCCGGCAGCAGUCUUGACCUAUAUCAACGCCGACCUCGGGCCUGACACGCGAUACCCAUGGAUUGCUAUAACCUGGAACUUGGGUGCCGCCGUCAUCGUUACCAUCGGCGGUCGUCUUUCCGAUAUCGCCGGUCGACGAUGGUUCCUCCUCUUCGGGGCUGGUGCCGCUGCCGUUGGCGCGUUGGUGGGAGCCACAGGCCAGAGCAUCAACCAGAUGAUUGCCAGCGGCAUCAUUUUCGGUGUUGGUGGUGGCUUCCAAGAGAUGUGCUUUGCUUGCGCCCAAGAGUUGGUCCCCAACAAGGACCGCUUCAAGACCCUUGGUAUCAUGAUCCUCGCCAACCACUUCAGCUCGAUCUCUCCCAUUCUCGGCUAUGUCUUCAUCACCUACACCAAGCCUGGAUGGCGCACAUGCUACUGGUGGUGCUUCGCCUGGGAGUGCGUCACGGCCGUUAUGCUGUACUUCUUCUACCACCCACCCACGUUUGAGACCAAGCAUCAGGCCGACCACAAGUCCAAGAUGCAGAUGAUCAAGGAGAUCGACUAUGUUGGUCUGUUGCUCUUCACUGGAGGCUGCCUGCUCAUCCUGCUCGGUCUCAACUGGGGUGGCGGCCUCUAUGCUUGGUCGAGCGCGCAUGUCAUUGCUUGCAUCGUGGUUGGAUUUGUCUGCUUUGUAGCUCUGGGCUUCUGGGAGGCAUAUGCUCCUCUUCCAUGUCCUAUCCUGCCUCCUCAUCUGUUCGUUCAGUGGCGAAAGUUCACGAGUUUCCUCGUCGUAUGCUUUGUUGCUGGUAUGCUCUACUACAGUAUGAAUGUCAUCUGGCCUCGCCAGUCCGGACUCCUCUGGGUGCCUGCCAACCAGCCCAUUAUCCGUGGUGUUUACGCCAACAUGAUCUCGUUCGGUACCAUCAUCGCCGGUUGGUACUGCAUUGGUGUGAUGCCCUGGAUCAAGCACGAGCGCUGGCAACUCAUCACCAUGAUGGUGAUCCAGACCGCUUUGAUUGGCUCUCUUGCGUCAGUCGGGACCAACGACAAAGCUCAGGCCAUUGCCACCGUCAUCCUCGUCGCGACCGUGAACCUACCGCCAUCGCCUCUCUCCUUCGGCAUGGUCAGUCUCCAUCUCGAUGACCAGACGGAUAUCGGUGUCGCAGUCGGACUGAUCAGCACCUUCCGUCUCAUUGGUGGAGCCAUUGCGACGGCUAUCUACACGUCCAUCCAGACCAGCCGGUUCGCGGUCCUGCUCCCUGGUGAAGUCGAGGGCGCAGCCCAGGCGACUGGCUUCAAUGGGUCCCUCCCUGCUCUCGUCACGGCCGCGAAGACCAAUACCCCUGCAGCUUACAGCAAGGUCCCCGGCAUCACCAACUCGACCAUUUCCGCUGUGCAGGAGGCCGUCCGGCAGGCCAACACGCAGGGCUACAAACUUGUCUACCUUGUUGCCAUUGCAUUCGGCGCUCUUGCCAUUGCAGCGGCUUUCAGUACUAAGGGAGUGGAUGAGAAAUCGAGGUCCAGCUCUACUGCAGCGAGGCUUGAGAAUGAGAAGGAAGGCGGAAAGAUCAUUGACUACCACGCGCACUAA